AAACAAACACCAGAGAUGAGUUAACUUGUUUGCAUUUAGGAGGUUACCAUUGCCAACAACAUUCCCCAAAACAAAUAAAAUUUGCCAACUAAAAACCCCCAACACAACACAACACAACACAACACACACAUUGCUGUUUCAUUCGAUUAUUAGCUUGUCGUUGUGUUGUAAUGUUACCUUCGACGUUAUUCCAAAUCUGGAUUUCAUAGUAUGUUUCUCUGAUUAUUAAUACAUUCAAAUCACAGAAACCCUUUUGAAUCUCAAACAUACCCAACUCAUCAAAAUCAUUUUUUUUCAUCCCUGAUUGAUUCUCUCUCUGUAGAGAAAAAGGGGGUGUGUUUAGCAAAUGGGGGCGUAUAGAGCUGAUGAUGAUUAUGAUUAUCUGUUUAAGGUUGUGUUGAUUGGUGAUUCUGGUGUUGGAAAAUCCAACCUUUUGUCGAGAUUCACAAAAAAUGAAUUUAGCCUUGAAUCUAAAUCCACCAUUGGGGUUGAAUUUGCAACCAGAAGUAUUAGGGUUGAUGAUAAGGUUGUUAAGGCUCAGAUUUGGGAUACUGCUGGUCAAGAAAGGUACCGAGCAAUUACAAGUGCAUAUUAUAGAGGAGCUGUUGGUGCUUUGCUAGUGUAUGAUGUUACACGUCAUGUUACAUUUGAAAACGUGGAGAGGUGGUUGAAGGAGCUGAGAGACCACACAGAUGCCAACAUUGUGGUGAUGCUUGUUGGGAACAAAGCAGAUUUGCGUCAUUUGCGAGCGGUUUCAACUGAAGAUUCGACAGCUUUUGCAGAAAGAGAGAACACAUUUUUCAUGGAAACCUCUGCCCUCGAGUCCAUGAACGUUGAAAAUGCCUUCACUGAAGUGCUGACACAGAUCUACCGUGUUGUGAGCAAGAAAGCCCUUGAGAUUGGUGAUGAUCCAACGGCACUACCGAAAGGACAGACAAUCGAUGUUGGAUCUCGGGAUGAUGUAUCGGCUGUGAAGAAAUCAGGAUGUUGCUCUGCGUGAGCUUACAGUAAAAGUUUCUGUAUUUUUACAGUAAACAUAUCCAUGUCUAUAUUCUUAUAAAGAGAUCAUUCUUUCUGCAUGAAAUUGAUUGUCUAGACUCUAGAGAGCAUCACUCCUAACUUUCGGCAUUGGUCUGUAGCAAAAUCUGUUCAAUAUUAGUUAGAUGUUUAGGAAACGUGCACUUUCAUUUCGCUUGGUUCGUGUUUCUUUUGAAGGUAUUCAUUUAUCUAAUUUCAGGUUUUAUUGAAUAUUUACGGUGGCUUGUUUGGAUUA